GUCUGCAUGUUUUUGAUUGGUGGCGAGUAUUUUUUUUUAAGUUUCCAGAACAAUUUUUAGUUAGUGUUAUAUACAUAUCUUAGUCUUAUUUUUGCAUUUUUACAUUUUGGGGUGUUAUGUGUACUGUGUUUUUGGGUUGCAUUAUGAUAAUUGAGUUUAUGAUUUUUUCAUAUUUGUAGAAUGAUAAGUGCCUUUCACGCUUAAUGUUACCGGUGAAACUAUGCGGUUAAAAGGUGAGUAUUAAAAUUGUUGAAUAACGCAGGAUUACAAUUGACAGGUUCGCAUGAUGGGGUUCAGCUUAAGAUACAUGAACUGGGAGUGGAAGUUUUUGCUAGGUGUGUUUCUUGAACUCAAUUUGCUGGGAAUGUGGGUUUUCGGAGGAUCCACGAGUGGAAUCAUUUCCUCACAGACACUUGAUCUCCAACCGAGUUUUGUCGAGUGCGGAGUGUCUUGCGGAAAUGCGACUGUUCGUGUGGAGCGUUCUUUGAGACCUCCUGUUGAUAAGUGCCUCACUAAGUAUCGUGGAAUUGAGUUGAACUAUACUCUGGGUACUGUAACUAAUUACCAAAUUGAUCUGUGUGAGGUAAUUCGUUGCUGCUGGUCGACUCCUCAAUCCUGGCAGAAGACAUCUGUGUAUUUGUGUGGUGAUCUGACCUUCCAGCGACAUUGUAUUACUCAGGAAAAUGGGGUUCGACACUUGUGUCCCACUUGGAAAUCGGCUUUCAGAUGGGUGGGAUCAAGUUGGAGUCCACUGUAUGCUCAUAAAUCUGUCACUGAAUAUGACAAGGUUACCAUAAGACGAGGGACUUUAAGACAUUCUCCAGCGACGGGUAAAAAUCCUUUAGUGCUAACCAUUUCCUCGAUGCACGAUGUUUUCUUUAAACAGUAUCCGGCAGAUUCAGCUGUUUAUUUGACUCUAGGUGCUUCAAUUGACGAUAAAGAUCCACUUGGGAUUAUUAAAAUUAAUAUGGUCAGACCUGAGGGGGAGGAAGACAGGGAUAUGGAAAUUCCGGAUCAGCAUGCGGCUAAGAUUGAUUACACAGCAGUUUCACCAUUGGACAUCAUUCAAACAGCGACUGGGUAUAGGGAAAAAAAUUUAUGGCUGAAUUGGAUGGUUCAAACGGCUAAAGAAACUAAUAUUGGGAACUGCAUUGCAUGUGCUACAGCUAGACCUCAUUUGUAUACUGAACCUGCCCCAUUACACUUGGGAGAUAGUUGGGGUUUUGAUUGCAUGUUGAGAUUAACAACUGAGGCAGAUCCCAUAAAUUGUGAUGCGCUUGCCAAAAUAUAUCCACCUAUUAAUAACUACACUCAGACGGGAACUUUUCUUCCGGUUAAGGGUAAAGGGUUGUAUGUGUGUUUUAAUUUUACUCAUCUUAAGCCCGAUUUCAAUCUCGGACAGAUUUCUAGUGAUUGGUGUAAUGUUACUUUAACAGCGGCCGGAAUCGGGAGUUGGGCAAGAGCUGGACUUUAUUAUUUUUGUGGGGGUGAUAGAUUAUAUGUGCGUAUUCCUCCUAAGACUGUUGGAGUAUGUGCCAUGACUCGCCUGGCUGUGCCGCUUAUGGUUGUAGGAGAAAGACUUGAUCCUGUAGGACUGCAGGUGCUCACUUUACAGACUCAGAGGCACAAGAGACAGGUGCGUAAUACACGUUUUGAUACUGCAUUUGAUUUGACUACCAAUUCUCCCACUUAUGUAGAUGCCAUCGGCGUGCCGAGAGGGGUCCCGGAUCAAUAUAAAUUGGCGGAUCAAAUUGCAGCAGGUUUUGAAAAUAUACCAGUGUUAUCAGCUCUUUUUCCUAUCACGCCGAAUAAAAAUGUUGAUAGGAUAAAUUAUGUCCAUUAUAAUCUUUUGAGGCUAGCGAAUCUGACCAGGGAUGCUGUUGGGGGUUUGAAGGAGCAGUUAGCUCCUACUUCUUUAAUGACAAUUCAAAAUCGGAUGGCGCUGGACAUGCUGUUGGCCGAAAAGGGUGGAGUCUGUUUUAUGUUCCAAGAGAGCUGUUGUACUUUCAUUCCGAACAAUACGGCCCCUGAUGGAUCUGUCACUCGAGCGUUGGAAGGUUUGAGAAUUUUGAGUAACACUAUGCAUGAACAUUCAGAUAUUGAUGCUGGUUUGGACAGGUGGUUCUCUACUAUGUUUGGUAAAUGGAAAGGGAUUGUCAUGUCAUUGUUAGUUUCUGUGGCUACGUUUGUGGCCAUAAUAGUCACAUGCGGAUGCUGCUGUGUUCCGUGUAUACGCUCGCUUAUCAUUAGGCUUAUUGCAGUUUCAAUUGAGAAGGGAAGCAGCGGCCCACCGCCUCCACCGCCCUAUCAGAUGCUUUUUCGGGGAGCUGCUGAUGGGGGGGUUGUGGAGCUGGGCGGUUCUAUUUGAACAGGGGGAAUUGUUAUUUCAUUUAGUAUAUUACGUAGUUUUAGUUCCUAUAUUAGAAGGCAUAAUCGAUUUGUUUGUGAGGUCUGAUUUCUAUAAUUCUCAGACCU